CGUCCCCACCCAUUCAAUGGAAAACCCGUGAACUCUCUUCAAUUGUACUUUUUUCUUUCACAUGAGGAAUGGAGAACACACAAUUUCUUGUCCAAAUGCUUUCAUAUUAUAACAGCGCGUUCUCCAAAGCAGGGAGAAAUUCAUUAAUGGAGAUUCUUUUGCUAUCUUUAUAUAUCUUAGUUUUUCUAUGCAUCACUGGAGAUGCCAGAAUCCAUGGCAGUGUUCCUGAGAAGAGUAAACUCUUUGAAUUGUAUCAAGGGGACAGUGGUAUUUACAGAGAAAAUUUUGUUAUCACAAGCCUCACAGAAACAGGAUGCAAUCUGUUUUCAGGGAAGUGGGUUCAUGAUGUCUCCUAUCCACUAUAUAAUGCUGCAGAUUGCCCGUACAUUAGUACCCAAAUAAAUUGCAGACCAAAUGGGAGACCAGAUUCAGAUUAUGAGAAGUGGAGAUGGCAGCCAGAUGGUUGUACCAUUCCCAGGUUCAAUAGUAAAGAUAUGCUAGAGAAGCUGAGAGGAAAGAGAUUGAUGUUUAUUGGGGACUCCAUAAGCAGAGGUCAGUUUGAGUCCAUGGUCUGCCUUCUUCAAGAAGGAAUUCCAAGCAAUAAGAAAUCUAUGGUUAAUAAGACUCCUCUUUCAACAUUCAAAGCCCUGGAUUAUAAUACUUCUAUUGAACUAUUCUGGGCUCCAUUCUUGGUUGAGCUGGAGACUAAUAAAGAGGGGAAAAAAAUCCUUCACUUGGAUUCUAUAGAAAAUAAUGGAGUGUAUUGGAAGGGGGCAGAUAUCCUGAUUUUUGAGUCAUCUCAUUGGUGGGAUCACAGUGGUGGCAGUAGUGGACAAACAUGGGACAUAGCAAUGGAAGGCAGUACAACGUAUAGCAAUAUAGAUCCAAUGGUUGCAUACAGGAAAGCGCUGAAUACAUGGACGAACUGGGCAAAUUCACAAAUAGAUUUCAAAAAAUCCAAAGUAUUUUUCAGCACCAUGGCACCUCGCCAUUCAAGUUGUGAGAAGGAGACAGAGCCUGUGCAGAACACAUCUGCAUACAAUCCUCCAUUACCUCCUCAGGUACCAAUACUAAAACAAGUCCUAAGCAGCACAAGUUUUCCUUUUGUUAUGCUGGAUAUCACAGACAUGUCCCAGCUUCGCAAGGAUGCACAUCCCUCAAAGUACGGCUCCACUCAUCCAACCAACAGUGGAGACUGUAGCCAUUGGUGUAUACCAGGUGUACCUGAUAUAUGGAAUGAACUUUUGUAUUCCUUUGUGGGUUAGGGAAACCACCAAAGAUAGACUUCCAUGGGAAAAGAAGGUUUAUGGGCUCCAGCAAUGAUCAAUAGUGAGUACAUUGAAUCCACAUGGAUCACCUCCCUUAUAAAAGACAGUUUAUGCUUGGAGCUUUGUUAGAUCAUAUGUCUUUUCCUUUAACGUACUAUUAUCUUUCAUUCUGAAGUCUGUGCCCGUGUUCACACUGUUAUCUUCCAACUGGAAUUCAGCUUUAAAGGACGGUAGUUGGUUUGUAUGAUUACUAAUAUUGAUAUUUAUAUUGUGUGGGUGUCAUUUUAACUAAAUGAUAAUAAUGCCACUUCUUUCUGUCAA